UCGCCGAGAAGAAGCAGCAGAAGCAGCAGGUGGUCGCGUCGCCUCGUGCUCUCCGCCUCCCCCGCCUCGCUUCCUCCUCCGCGCUCCCUUCGCCGAGGCGACAGCGAGGGCGUAUAAAGCGCUACCCCCCUCCGCGCGCGUCCGCAUCGUCGCCAUCGCCACCGCCUCCCCACCCCGCUCCACUCCUCGACGAGACAGACCAAUGGCGGCCGCUGCGUCCUCCGCGCUGCACGCCGUCGGCGCCGUCGCCUCCGCCAAGCCCAGAUCCGCCGCCCCAGCGGUGGCGAGGAGGAGGAGCGUGCGCGUGGCGGCGGGGGCGGCGGCCAAGGGAGGACCGGGCUCUUCGGGAAGAGGCAGGCUGGUGGCUCGCAACGCCGUUGCAGCCAAGGCGGAUGAGGCGGCCGCGGCGGCGGGAUCCAAGUCGGGCGGCCAUGAGUUGCUGUUGUUUGAGGCCCUUCGCGAAGCCUUGAUAGAAGAGAUGAAUUUGGAUCCAACAGUGUGUGUCAUGGGUGAAGAUGUUGGUCACUAUGGAGGUUCAUACAAGGUGACCAAAGGGUUGGCUGAGAUGUUUGGAGAUCUUCGGGUUCUUGAUACCCCUAUUGCUGAGAACUCCUUCACUGGCAUGGGAGUUGGAGCAGCAAUGAAAGGGCUCAGGCCUGUUGUGGAAGGCAUGAACAUGGGUUUCCUUCUCCUUGCCUACAACCAGAUCUCAAACAACUGUGGCAUGCUUCACUACACCUCAGGUGGUCAGUUCAAGAUCCCGAUUGUGAUCCGAGGUCCCGGUGGUGUUGGUCGUCAACUUGGUGCUGAGCACUCACAGCGGCUGGAGUCAUACUUCCAGUCAAUCCCUGGCCUUCAAAUGGUUGCUUGCUCCACUCCUUACAACGCCAAGGGCCUGAUGAAGGCAGCCAUAAGGAGCGAGAACCCAGUGGUGCUGUUUGAGCACGUCCUCCUAUACAACCUGAAGGAGAAAAUCCCCGAUGAGGAAUACAUCUGUUGCCUUGAGGAGGCAGAGAUGGUGCGCCCAGGUGAGCACGUGACCAUCCUCACGUACUCCCGCAUGAGGUACCAUGUGAUGCAGGCCGCCAAGACGCUGGUGAACAAAGGGUACGACCCCGAGGUCAUCGACAUCAGGUCGCUCAAGCCGUUCGACCUGCACACCAUCGGGAACUCGAUCAAGAAGACCCACCGUGUGCUGAUUGUGGAGGAGUGCAUGCGGACGGGUGGCAUUGGCGCCAGCCUCAGGUCGGCCAUCAUCGACAACUUCUGGGACUACCUGGAUGCCCCCAUCAUGUGCCUGUCGUCGCAGGACGUGCCGACCCCGUACGCCGCAACGCUGGAGGACGCGACUGUCGUGCAGCCUGCGCAGAUCGUGGCCGCUGUUGAGCAGAUCUGCCAAUAAUCGUGAUAUGACGGCUUUUGUUGAGUUACCUGAUUUGUGGAUUCAUGUAUCCGUGUUUUGUUCGUUGUCACAUAGUGACUGCCAUUGUGCCGUAGACAUUCUAUUUUGCAACGCAGAAGCCAUAUUCAUACGAAUGCCUUUUGUGGCCUGGCCCGUUUGUUCACUGUGCAGAGUUCGAUGCCCUUUGUUUGUUCUUGUGUAUCACUAUUAUUAGCAUUGGUUUGUAGCAGCGCCUGUGUUGGUUCUAUUUAUUUAUAUAUGAUAAUCUGUUGGGUA